UCGCGCCUGGGGAAGGCGGCACGCGCGCUGCGGGGCCGGUGCGCGGGGCAGCGGUCGAGCUCGGGCUGCCAGCCCCGGGCCCGCCGGUGCCAUGGACGGCCUGCGGCAGCGCUUCGAGCGCCUUCUGGAACAGAGGAACUUGGCCACCGAAGCGCUAGGGGCUCUCGAAGCCAAGACAGGUGUCGACAAGCGGUACUUGGCCGCGGGCCCGUCAGUGCUUCCGCCUCUUCCAGGAAGCCCCCCUGGAAUGGGCCACAGGGACACUUUGUCCAGACCUGACAGGGGGCUUGGGAGCCGCCACUCUCCUAAGCCUGUAUCUUCUCUUCGGCUUCGGGGCGUCUCUACUGUGCAAUGUAAUCGGCUUUGUGUACCCAGCAUAUGCUUCAAUCAAAGCAAUCGAGAGCCCAAGCAAAGACGACGACACUGUGUGGCUCACCUACUGGGUGGUGUACGGCCUGUUCGGGCUGGCCGAGUUCUUCAGCGAUCUACUCCUGUCCUGGUUCCCUUUCUACUACGCGGGCAAGUGCGCCUUCCUGUUGUUCUGCAUGAUUCCCGGGCCUUGGAACGGGGCGCACAUGCUGUAUCAUCGCGCCAUUCGUCCGCUCUUUCUAAAGCAUCACGAGGCCGUGGACAGCGUCGUGAGAGAGUUCAGCGGGCGAGCUCUGGACGUGGCAGCGGGAAUAACCCGGGACGCCAAAGCAAGCGCGAGUCCGCUCCAGAAGGACAAGUGAAGGCCUCGCCUAGCGCGUCCGCACAGCUGCCGGCUGGCGAGCUGGGGGGCACACGCCAGCCCAAGUCGUCCACGGAUUCCUCGGCGCACUCCCGGGUAGGGCCGUCCACCAGCCCCUCGUCCGGGAGCAAGCCGGCCCCCUCACGCACCACCUUCGGCCGGUCCCCGCGGCGCUCCCCGGCCAGCGCCUCCCGGCUGCCUGGCAAGUCCCGGGGCCAGCCGCGGUCACGGGCCGGCUCCUCCAGCCAACGACCCCGGGCUGCCAGCCAGCAGCAGCCCCGGCCACCUGUCACCUCCUCGGGCCACCCCCAGACGGCCCCUGAGGCCUCAGGCUCCACCGUGCUGCGCCCCAGCCCCUCCUCCAGCCAGGCCCCCGCCGCUGUGCAGUCCCCCAGCGGCGCCACCGUCCCCACACAGCCGCCCACCAAAACCUCAGAUGGGCCCGGGGACCCGGCCCCCGAGACCUCCCAGUCCGGCGGACAGCAGGAGAAGGAGCCCUCGGCGCAGUCCAACGGCAGCAGCUCGGACACCGAGCUGCCCGUCUCCGGCCCAUCCGAGUCCUCUCUGGAGCCCACCUCCGAGUCCAGCACGGAGGUCACCUGCCACUGGACCCACCCCGGACCCCCGCUGCGGUGCCUGCAACACUGCUGGCGGCUGAGACACCUCGCCUGCUAGCGAGGGCUCAAUAAAGCUCCCCGGACCGAC